AUGCCGCGCCCACGCAUCGAUCUCGAGCCCUACAAGGAUGAAAUCGUCGAACUAUUCCCCAAAGCCUCCCACAAAGAGAUAAUAGACCACCUCCAAAAUAGAUAUGAAAUCGUCAUCAGCCGAACCACCCUGAAAGACCGCCUUCGAGCCUGGGAGCUCCUUAGACCCUCCCCAAACAUACAAUCCAAAAUCCGCGACCGAGUCAAAGAACUCCUCCCUCUUUUUGGCACGAAAGAUAUCCUCAAGAUCCUCGCCGACGAAGGCACGCCUUCGUCAUCGCGGACUCUUGAACGCAUCCGGCGUCGUCUUGGCGUCUCCCUCCGGCUUACACCUGAAGAGCGGAAAAACCAGCUUAAUAUCGAUGCAAUACUACAAGCUAAGGCUGCUAUUGGAGAGCUGGAAAUAGUCAACAGACAAAAUGUUUACUACCAUUUGAGGAGGAAGGGGCUUUAUUAUACUGAGGCGCAGGUUCGGCUCAUUUGUAAAGCCCUUCGUCCUGCUGGUCAGAGACAGCUGCAACCUACACUGAAACGACGCCGAAAGCUGAAGGAGGUUCCUGAAGAUUCAAAUAAUGUUGGUGUGGAAGAAGGGGAAUCCCAGCUUAAUAUGGAAUUGCAAAUGGCGCUGCCUAGCUUUAAUGAGAAUGCUUGA